AUGGAGUCCGCGCCGCCGCUCUCCGCCAUGCCGUCCCCCGCGAGCCUCCUGGUCGCGCUGCUCGCGCUGCUGCUCACCGCGCUGCUCGCCGCCGCUUUCGAGUUCUUCUGGGGCGCACCGCGCCGCGCCAUGGCGGACCUCGCAGCGCAAGGCGUGCCCGGACCGCCCUUCCGGUUCUUCUACGGCAUCCUGGCUGACAUGAUCCAGUUCCGCAAGAGGCGUCAGGCGGACCCUGAGUUUGCAGCGCGCAGCACAGCCACUCACGUGCUGGAUACCCUGGUCGCCAGCUACGGCCCAGUGGUGCGCUACUGCUUUGGCCCCAUGUCCCGAGUCCUCCUAGCAGACCCCACGCUCGUGCGAGCGGCCUACAUCACGCACAACGACGCCUUCCCCAAGACCACGCUCAUCCGCGCCGCCUUCCCGCUCUUUGGCAACGGGCUGGUUACCGCAUCGGGGCCGUUCUGGGCCACGCAGAGGAGGAGAAUCAACCCCGCGUUCAAGCACAGCGAGCUCAAGCGUAUGUUCCCAACCAUGCUCGAGUGCACCCAAGCUGCCCUGUCGCUCUGGGAGAAGCAGGUCCUGGCCGAGCCUGACAAGGAGGUUCGGAUUGACACCAUGCUUGAGACGCUGACUCUUGACGUCAUUGGCCGUGCAGCCUUUGGUGCUAGGCUGGGAGGGCCAGACGGGGAGAAUGAGGAAAGGGGAGAGGGGAAGAAGGGAGGAGCGGGAGCGGAGGGAGGAGGGAAGGAAGGCAAGGAAGGGAAGAGCGAUGCAGAGGUGCUGGUGGGGGCGUUUCGGGCGUAUCUAGAGGCGGCAGUGGCGAGUGUUCGUAGCCCGCUGGCCAUGGUUCCUGGAUUCCUGUUGCUCCCCACGGCGCUGCACCGGCACCGCAACAGGCAGGAGCAGCUCAUCCGCAGCAUCAUGAUGCGCAUGAUUGCCGCCCGCCGCCACCGCCGCCACCACCACACCGCCGCCGUCGCCGCCGCUGCUCCUGCUGCUGGGUCAGAGAAUGGUGAUGGUACGGGAGGUGCAAAGGGGAGUGGUGGUGGUGGUGGUGGUGCCGGGGAGGAGGGAGCUAUUGACUUGCUGGAGCUGAUGCUCAUGGCCACGGAUGAGGAAUCCGGUGCUGCUGCAGCAGGAGGAGCAGCAGGAGGAGGAGGAACGGCAGCAGCAACAAAUGGAGUAGCAGCAGGAGACGCAGGAGCAGGAGGCGCAGGAGGAGCGUUGAAGGCAGCAGCAGCAACCGCACCUGCGAUGUCAGAUCAGCAGUUGAUGGACGAGUGUCUCACCUUCUUGCUGGCUGGCCACGAAACUACCUCCAACCUCCUCACCUGGACUGUGAUGCUCCUAUCGCAGCACGACACGUGGCAGCAGCGCGUGCGUGAGGAGGCGCAGCAGGUCCUGGGGGCAGACGGGGCGGGGUUGACAAUGGAGAAAGCAGCAGAGCUGAAAAUCAUGGGCAUGGUUCUGAAUGAGGUGCUUAGGCUCUACCCUCCCGCUCCGGCGAUUGCUCGCCGCUGCGACACCCGCACUAAGCUAAGCGAAACGCUUACCAUUCCCGCUGGUGUGGGAGUGACGGUGCCAAUUGCGGCGAUGCACAGGAGGAAGGAGCUGUGGGGGGAAGACGCGGAGGAAUUUAAACCGGAGCGGUUCGCGAAUGGGAUUAACAAGGCGGCGAUGCAUCCGCUCGCGUUUAUCCCCUUUAGUGUCGGCCCCCGUGUGUGCAUUGGGCAGAACUUUGCGGUGCUGGAGGCGAAGGUGAUCCUGUCGCUGCUGGUGCUGCGAUUCUCAUGGCGAGUGGCUCCGUCUUACCGGCAUUGCCCAGAGCAGGUUCUCACUCUCAAGACCAAGUUUGGCAUGCCUGUGCUGCUCACACCUCUCGCUCACAGUGGUGGGGAUUGA